AUGAUUUUCAAUUGUACAGGUGUGCAGACAGAAGACAACAAGUUCUUAUGUCGAGUUUGUUUGAAGAGCUUUUCUUUGCAGCGACUUCUCAAUCGCCACGUCAAGUGCCACACGGACAUCAAACGCUACCUCUGCACAUUUUGUGGCAAAGGUUUCAACGACACUUUCGACUUGAAGAGACACACAAGAACACACACUGGAGUCCGUCCAUACAAAUGCGAGCAUUGUGACAAGGCAUUCACACAACGUUGUUCACUGGAGUCACACGCGCGGAAGGUGCACAACGUUCAGUUCAAUUACAAGCACAAGGAAAGGAGAGAUAAGUUGUACGUGUGUGAGGAGUGUGGUCACUCGACGAGACAGUCCGAGGAGCAUUUUGUACACAUGAAUGACCAACAUCCACACGUGCCUACGUCCAACGAAUGUUCAAACAUUCCUCCAGCUUCACAGGAAAAUGUUCAUUCCAGAGCAAGUUGUCUUCGUGGGAGUAUCAAUGCUGAUGUUACUGACCAGGUCAGUUGUGGUGGCAGUAAUGACCGGAACAAUCAUGCUGGUUGUGAUGACCAAACCAACAAUGUAAAGGAGGAAAGUGAAGACAGCGAUGAAGAGAUAGAUGUUGAAUCACCAGUUGUUAACUUAUUUCCAUACCGAUGAGUUGCUUGCACUCUACGGUACAUCACCUGGACACCUGGAUUGUUUCAUUCGAAAAAAUUCCAAUUUGUUUUUCAGACUUGAAAGCUUGCAUUUUAUUCACUUUAUUUUGGUUUGAUAUAAAUUGUACAUAUUCAUUUUAUUCUAACAUAUUAAUUGAAGCUUGAAAGCUUUAAUUCUCAUCAGAAAAUUUUAUUUUAUCUCUAACUGUAAAUAUUCAUUUGUUUCUAUCUAAUUCAUUGAUUCAUCCUAUAUGUACAUUGUUGUAUUUUAUAGAAUAUUGUAUGAAUUUUACCGAA